AUGACAUCGCGGAGAUGGUUUCACCCAAAUAUCACUGGCGUGGAGGCAGAAAACCUACUGUUGACAAGAGGAGUUGACGGCAGUUUUUUGGCGAGGCCCAGUAAAAGCAACCCUGGAGACUUCACACUUUCCGUUAGAAGAAAUGGAGCUGUCACCCACAUCAAGAUUCAGAACACUGGUGAUUACUAUGACCUGUACGGAGGAGAGAAAUUUGCCACUUUGGCUGAAUUGGUCCAGUAUUACAUGGAACAUCAUGGGCAACUAAAAGAGAAGAAUGGAGAUGUUAUUGAGCUCAAAUAUCCUCUGAACUGUGCCGAUCCUACCUCUGAAAGGUGGUUUCAUGGACACCUCUCUGGGAAAGAAGCAGAAAAAUUAUUAACCGAAAAAGGAAAACAUGGUAGCUUUCUUGUGCGCGAGAGCCAGAGCCACCCUGGAGAUUUUGUUCUCUCUGUCCGAACUGGAGAUGACAAAGGGGAGAGCAAUGAUGCCAAGUCUAAAGUGACCCACGUCAUGAUCCGCUGUCAGGAACUGAAAUAUGAUGUUGGUGGAGGAGAACGGUUUGACUCUUUGACAGACCUCGUGGAGCAUUACAAGAAGAAUCCUAUGGUAGAAACAUUGGGCACAGUACUACAACUCAAGCAGCCCCUCAACACAACUCGUAUCAAUGCUGCUGAAAUAGAAAGUCGGGUUCGAGAACUAAGCAAAUUAGCUGAGACCACAGAUAAAGUCAAACAAGGCUUUUGGGAAGAAUUUGAGACACUACAACAACAGGAGUGUAAACUUCUCUAUAGUCGAAAAGAGGGUCAGAGGCAAGAAAAUAAAAACAAAAAUAGAUAUAAGAACAUCCUGCCCUUCGAUCACACCAGGGUCGUCCUCCAUGAUGGUGAUCCCAAUGAGCCCGUUUCGGAUUACAUCAACGCAAACAUUAUCAUGCCUGAAUUUGAAACCAAAUGCAACAACUCAAAGCCCAAGAAGAGUUACAUCGCCACCCAAGGCUGCCUGCAGAACACUGUGAAUGACUUCUGGCGGAUGGUGUUCCAGGAGAACUCCCGGGUGAUUGUCAUGACAACAAAAGAAGUGGAGAGAGGAAAGAGUAAAUGUGUCAAAUACUGGCCUGACGAGUAUGCACUGAAAGAAUACGGAGUCAUGCGCGUUAGGAACGUCAAGGAAAGCGCUGCUCACGACUAUACCUUAAGAGAACUUAAACUCUCGAAGGUUGGACAAGGGAAUACGGAGAGAACGGUCUGGCAAUACCACUUUCGGACCUGGCCGGACCACGGCGUGCCCAGUGACCCAGGGGGCGUGCUGGACUUCCUGGAGGAGGUUCACCACAAGCAGGAGAGCAUUGUGGACGCGGGGCCCGUGGUGGUUCACUGCAGUGCUGGAAUUGGCCGGACAGGGACGUUCAUUGUGAUUGAUAUUCUUAUUGACAUCAUCAGAGAGAAAGGUGUUGACUGUGACAUCGACGUUCCCAAAACCAUUCAGAUGGUGCGGUCUCAGAGGUCAGGGAUGGUCCAGACAGAAGCACAGUACCGAUUCAUCUAUAUGGCUGUCCAGCAUUAUAUUGAAACACUACAGCGCAGGAUUGAAGAAGAGCAGAAAAGCAAGAGGAAAGGACAUGAAUACACAAAUAUUAAGUAUUCCCUGACGGACCAGACAAGUGGAGAUCAGAGUCCCCUGCCACCUUGUACCCCAACGCCAUCCUGUGCAGAAAUGAGAGAAGAUAAUGCUAGAGUCUAUGAAAACGUGGGCCUGAUGCAGCAGCAGAAAAGUUUCAGAUGA